UGUCAUUCCAUCACCAUGGAGACUGGGGCGGGGCAGAGAAUAAAUUCUAGCCAGGUACUUGGUCUGGUCAUGUCAGCUAACCAAGGGACUCACCACUGCAGCUCUUGUAGACAGAUCUAGUAGCAACAUAGUAGAUAGAUAGUAAUAGUGAGCUAUGAGAUAGAUAGGAAUAUAGAUGUAAUACACAGGGGAGGUCCAACAUGACCCCUCAGGGCACCUGGGCUUGGGUCCCAUGCACACUGCAGAGCAUUUCAGGCUUAUCAGCCAGGUCCGGGAGCAGGGAGAAGCCAAGAGGAAAGCCCUGCCAGCCCCUCUGGCCUGGCUCAGCUGCUGUUGGUGCCCUUAGGGCAGGAUCCUCAGUGGGCACGAGACCUCCUGAGCUCCACAAUUGUAGUAGGGGACAGGGGGUGAAUAGUCAGAGUACUCCUGCGGUACCCGGGCACAGGCUGAACAGAGCUCUCCUGGGACCAGGGAUGCCGCUGCCUAUUGCCAGGCCAAGGGGUGGCAUUGAAAGCCCGGUGGCUGGGUGCUGGGGGAAGGAGUUGCAGGGGGGGCUUCUGCUGAGCAUCUCUCCUCCUCCCCCAUCUCUCCCAGCUGCACAACGUGGGAGGAUCCUGGGGGCAGCUGGUUCCGCAGCCACUUCCUGGCUGGCCCAGCUCCAAACCCAACCGGAGACUGGCCUGGGUACGGGCCCCACUCCAGGAAAAGCCAACGGACCACCAGCAAAUCAAGGACAGUGUGGACACAGGCCCAGUGCCUGGGGGCAGGAGCCAGCCGCACGAAGCAGGAAGACCUUGGGGGCACCUUGUUCCACGGCCGCCUCCUGGCCGGCCCAGCCCCAACCGGAGACUGGUCCGGGUGCGGGUUCCACUCCAGAACAUGCCGCCGCGCUGCCAGCAAGAAGGGGACAGCGUGGGGAGAGGCCCGGUGCCCGGGGGCAAGAGCCUGGUGAGUGGCUGUGAGGGGUUGGCAGAGCCGUGCCCUGUGCCUGCUCCCAGCCCCCCUGUUCCCCCAGACUGCAGAGAUGCUCAGUCCCAGCAGUAUACUCAGUGCCAGUCUCCAGCGCUUGUUCUGUGCCACAGGGCUGAGUACACUGGGGCUGCUCGAGGGCUGUCCUGAGAUUCGGGCACUGAAGCCUCAAACCUGCCUGGGGGAUGAACAGGGCUUUUUGCAUCCAUCAACAGCUCAAGUGCCUGCAGGCUGGUCUGGCAUGGUCCUGCCAGACCAGGGCUGUGGGUGUUCAGUCAGUUCAGGGUCCACCCAAAAGAUCAAGGCCAGGAAAGGGCUGUUCCUGGAGAGGGCUGUCUUCAGGUCUGCAGGAUCCAGCAUGUGUGGCAGUCCAUCCCUGCUGAAUGCUUGGCUUUCCCAAAAGCCAGACUUCCAAUCCCCUCUUUCCAAGGACACUCUGACUCACCAUCUUUCCUGGGGGCAGGUGGUCAAACCCUUUUGCACUGCCCUGACCUCCCACUGGAGCAGAUAGAACUGAAGUGUGGGAUAGACCCACCAGAAGGGGAGUCCAUGGGGCCAGUCCAAGUAGUCAUUUUUCCAUGUGUCUGGACUAGUACCAGCAUGUUUGACUGGCAUUGAACCCAGUCGGAUCCACACAGCAGCUAAAUGAAUAUAUCCUGCAAGAGCUGGUCACCAGAGCUGGAAGGGGACCAGUGUUCGGCACAGGUUAGGGGCUAGGGGAUCAAGGCUUUAGGGGUAGGAGAUUGUUUCCUGUGUGCUGAUUCCACAUGAACCAGCUCGACUCCUUGACAUGGAGCUGAACUGGAGCUGGGGCUCCAAAGGUGACUGGUGCCAUCUUCAAGCUGGUAAGCGCAUCCAGAAGUUCACUCCGCAGAACAUUUGCAAAAUGCCACUGUGAAAGAUCCACUGUGUGAACACUGCACAUGCAUGUUAAUGCUGCACGUGGUUGCAUGUCGCUGGGCACACGUGAGAAUGCUACACACACCUGAGUGACCCAGCGCAUGUGCGCACACGCACAUAUAUGUGUGACACCAUCACAGCUUUGCCAAUGUCUACUGGUGCAUGGGUGGAGGGAAGAGGUCAGUGGCUUAGGGUGGCCCUGUGGCUCACAGAGCUGGGGUUGUACUGUGGCAGGAGCAAGAAGUAGGGUUUGAAAUGCAGCAGAAUAUCCACCUCAAAAAGGAGCUGGAGAUGGCCCGUCUGAGAGCCCUACAGGAGAGAGCCCAGAAGCACCAGGCUGAGAAGGAUGCUCUCCGGGUCAAGCAGCAUCAGGAGGCCAAGGAGACGGAGUGGCUGUACAGAGAGAUGGAGGCCAUGCUGAAGCAGAGCCACUUGGAGCGUGCCUCGGUCAUACAGGCACAGCAGAACCGCAGCUCUUUCCAGCAGAUCCUCAGGGAGCAGGCACUGAAGGAGCAGAGGCAGCAGGAGAAGUGGGCGACCCAGAGAAUGGUGGAUGCCAAGGACAUUCAGCACCAGAUGCAGAAGUAUCAGGAGAAGCUGGCAUGUGAGCGGGUUGUCUCCUUUGAGGACAAGAAGCAUCUACAGAAAGAGAGACAGUGGCAUGCUGACCACAUUGCCCAGCUCAAGAGGCAGAGGAUAGAGGAGCUCCGAGCCACCAGCCCACCCGAGAAAUACUGCCUAGGUGUGGAGUGCGUGGGCUUGAUGAAGCCAGGCCCCAAGGACCGAGGGUCUCUGCGCACUGCCCAGCCCAUGCCAGGGGACUUCCAGGGGGUCAUGUGUGGCCUGCCCCCAGCCUAGACUGUUUAUAUUCUUGGAUUUAGAAAUUGUAAAUAAAUGUUUGUGAAGGUU